AUGCAGAAUCCUUCCCAAAUGAUUAGAUCUGCCUAUGAAGCAGCUCCUGUGUUCAUAAAGAGCCCACAAAAUGUUACAGCUACUAAAGGCCAGCUGGUGGUGUUUGAGUGUCGAAUAAGAGCCUCCACUCCUCUUCAAGUUCGCUGGUACAGAGAGUGCAACCAAAUCAUAGAUUCUGCAGACUUCCGCAUAUUAAGAAAAAAGGGAUGCUCAUCUCUGGUCCCUGAGGAAGUUUGUUCUUUGGUGAUAACAGAAGCUUUCCCUGAAGAUUCGGGAAUAUAUCUAUGUAUUGCUGAAAAUGAUUUGGGGGCUGUAGCAUCCAGUGCAUUUCUUUGGGUUCCUGAAGAUCCAGGAACAGAAGAAACUGGAAGCUUUGAAUCUGCCCCCUUAUUGACAGAUAUGCUAACCAACCUGAACAUCAGUUCCGCGCCAGACAGUGAAUAUUUAGCAAUGGGAAGAGAGGCAGAGGAGAACUUUUCUGAUGCAGGUGGACAAAAUGCCUCUGGUUCAGCAAAUGAAGUGGAACAUGAAAGCUCCCAGUGUCAGAAUUAUAGCAAUCAGAGCAUCAGUUUUCCUGAUAUUUAUGAAAAUCCCUCUGACAAUUCACAUGACUGCAGUCAUUCAAAGCCUAUGUACAGCCCGCAAACUGAUAGCCAACAAGUACCAAAGGCUUCUGACAAAGAGAUACAAGGAACGAAAGACGCCCUCAUUCAAGACUUGGAAAGGAAACUGCGAUGUAAAGAUAACCUUCUGCAUAACGGGAACCAACGUUUAAGCUACGAAGAAAGAAUGGCUCGCAGGUUACUUGGACCAGAGAAUGCUGCAUCUGUGUUUGUAUCACAGGAUGAACAAAAUGCACAGGACGCACAACAGAACAUGGAAAGUGUACGGCUGCAAGUUCCUCAACAGCACGUAAGGAAUAGGCCAUCUUCAAGGGGAGAAAAAAAUGAUCAAGGCGUAAUUCAGGAGAAAUUUUUUCCACCACGCUUCAUACAAGUGCCUGAAGAUGUAACAGUUGAAGAAGGAAGAUUCUGUAGGCUUGAUUUUAAGGUCAGUGGGCUACCAACCCCAGAUGUGGCAUGGUACCUAAAUGGAAGACUUGUCCACCCAGAUGAUUUUCAUAAAAUGAUAGUAUCAGAAAAAGGCUUCCACUCAUUCAUUUUCGAAGUAGUUCGGGUCUAUGAUGCAGGAACAUGGGAGUGUGUGGCUUAUAACCGUGCUGGAGAAGCUUCCUUUUCAUUGAAAGUAGAUGUUAUUGCAAGAGAACACCGGAAAGCACCAGUCUUCAUCUCUAAAGCACAAAGCACAAAAGUUUAUGAGGGGGAUUCAGCUAGACUUGAGUGCCUAGUGUCUGCUAUCCCCCCACCACAAAUAUACUGGAAAAGAAAUAACGAAAUGGUUCAGUUCAACACAGACAGAAUCAGCAUGUUUCAUGAUGCUUCUGGCAAGGUUUGCUUGCUGAUCCAUGAUGUAACUAAAAAAGAUGCUGGUUGGUACACAGUAUCUGCGGUCAAUGAGGCAGGAGUGGCAACGUGUCAUGCCAGAUUGGAUGUGGCUACACACACGUACAAACCACUUCCAAAUCCAAAGCCGCUGAAGGUUCGACCAACUUUUAGCAAGUAUUUGGCACUUAAUGGGAAAGGUGUGAAUGUGAAGCAGGCUUUUUUCCCUGAUGAAGGAGAAUAUCAGCGUAUGGCAGCACAGUCCGGACUUUUUGAGAGCGACGAACUUUAA